CUUGAAUUCAAAUCAACUACGCUUGCUGAUUGUUUUGUUGAAUUAAUCAAGUUAUCACAAAGGAUUAAUUUCCUUCCACCAAUAUCAGAUCAAAAUUUUAAAUCUACCUGUAUUGAAUUAUUUAAUAAAAGAUGGAAACAAUUCGAUUUUGAUCUUUAUAUUUUAAGUUAUAUGCUUCAUCCAUACUACCGAGGUAAAGGUUUACAUCCAAUGGUCUUUUUUGAUGUUUGUCUUAAUGCAAUGAAAUUGCUAAAAAAUAUGGGUGGUGGUGAAAAUUCUUGUAGCGAAUUAGUUGCUCAAAUUCGCGCAUUUACACAAUAUGAAAAACCUUAUGAUUUAGAGUAUGUAUUAGGAAUAGAUAAUGUUUUUUUAUGGUGGCGAUUAUGCAAUCCAGUACUUCCUGAAGAACAUUAUAUUCAACAACUUGCUAUGAAGAUUUUAUCAAUUACUCCACAUAAUGUAGGAUGUGAACGUGUUUUCUCCAUAAUUGGUUGGAUGGCUAAUAAAAGGAGAACACGAUUAAAUAUUGAAAAACUUGAAUCAAUGGCGAAAUUACAUACGUACUAUAUAACAAAUGCAAAGUCUGAGCUCAAAUUUGCAUAUAACACACUUUCCGAAGAUCAAUUUCAAAAUGAAAUUCAAGAAACAUUAUCUGAUCCUUCUUUUUUUGAUGAUGAUGAUGAUAAUAGUGAUUAUGAUGAUGAAGAUGAGGAUUAUGAUCAAAAUGAGGAUGAGGGUGAUGAUACUGAGGCAGCUAAUAAUAAUAAUUUGGAAAUUUCACGAUGGGUUAAUAUUAUGGAUAAAGAAUUGCAAGAACUACUUCAAACAGAAGUUAAAGUAGUAAUUGAUAUUUCUCCUCCACCACCACUGGACUUAUACUUUUUCGGGUUGAAAUUUCUACUUGAAAGGGAAACAUUUUCGGCUUCCUGGAUUCUUCUAAGACAUGAGUUUUUCCAUAAACUGCUUUUCCAUUUGUAA